UUGUUGUUUCUGCACUCUUAACAAGAACGAGUUUAUGAACUGCAGUAGCUUUUAGUCUCAAACUAAUUGGUCUACUGUCAGACCAAUUUCGAUUACUUUUUUCAUUACUAGCACGUUACAAUGCAAAUUACAAAGCACUUAGCAGACGAAAAACGUUAAAUCCUCAGUAAUAAAAAUUUUACAAAACAAGUUUCACAGCUGGUCAUUCACGUCAGAUAAAUUACGGCACGUAACUGAUAAAUUACUUGAAAUUAAAAAAAAAUUAUUAGCUCGGACUGAAGAUGGGUUCCGAGCAGAAUCCAGUGACUCUUCACGCCAACUACAACUUGGACAAGGCACUGAGUGUAGAGAUGUACAACCUCAACAUGAGGAAAAAGUACGUUUGUGCCCGUAUCAACGCAGAACAGAACGUGCUCUACCGCAGGUUCCAGCGCAAGAUCCAAUCCUCUCAGAUGCAACACGCCAGAUCUACCGGGGACAAAGAAAUCAUCAAAAAGUUGAGGGCUGAACAGAAAGAGAGAAAUGCUCACCUCAGUUCGUCAAGCUACAAAGAAAGCUUGGAACGACGGGCAUCAGUAAUGAUUGUUACAGGUGAUUUUGGACAACCUGAAAUGCGACCAUGGACUUCCAGUGCAGUGUGCAGGUCCAGACCUUCGACCACAGCUACAACUAGCAGACAUGCUGCUACGUAUACCGGACCACGGACCUCCAGACAGUCCACCGCUAGACCAAUGACUGCAACUACCAAUGCGACAGGGAGCAGGGCAGCUCGUAGGCCGAGCGAAGACAUUAACAAAGUCGCCAAAGAGAACCAAUCAAUACAAGAAGAGGAAUACGAGGAAGAAGCGAUCAUGGUGACCCAGAAAAAGAAGUUCAAGAUGCUGGAGAAACGCCAAUCAACUCCCGGAGUCAGUAUCAGUCACCCACAUACAGCACAAAACAAAAAGGAGAUCAAGUCACUUAUGCAAUACGGACACGAGGGUCCGACACUUUUAGAAAUCCACAAGAUCAUCGUUGCAGAGAAACAUUACCCACUGAAAAUCGAAGAUCUCAAAAAUGAAAUCGAACCUCUGAUGGCAUCAGAAUCAGAUCUCAGGGAAGACUACAACGUUGUACUCUCGAAGUCGUUUGAAACAACCAACCCUCGACAAUCUGGGUUUCAAAAAUUCGAUUCAACGUUUACGCCCGAAGAAGAAAGAGCAAGAUGCGAAGGAAAUCUGUUUGUUUCAAACUUCACUCUCAAACAUUUGAAAAAUUUACAUUGGCGCCCGGAUGAUAAAAUAAUACGAAACCAAAGACGGCCAAAAACUGCCCGAAUUUAACUGAAAUCAUGAAAUCAAAAACAAUAAUAAUG